CCCCAGAUGUUAAACCCUUCCUGCCCAGUUCCAUUCGUACAGUGUCAGUGCUUUUUAUUAGCACUGAUCACUGUAUUAGUGUCACUGGGGAUGCCAGUGGCAGUUAGUCAGCUCCCACCCAGUGUCAGGAUGCCCACCGCAGUCCCGCUAUAAGUCGCUGACUGCUGCCAUUACUAAAAAAAAAAAUUCCAGAAUAUAUACCGCCAUUUGUAGACGCUAUAACUUUCAUGCAAAGCAAUCAAUAUACACUUAUUGGGAUUUUUUACCAAAAACAUGUAGCAAAUACAUUUU